AUGGCCUCUAACAUUAGCUUGAGAUGUUUGGUAAUAGUUGCCCUUGCAUUUUUUGUCGCCGUGCAAGGAACUCUUGGAGCAAUAGAAUGUGAGAAAUUGAGCCACGAGAAGUGUGCAUUUGCGGUAUCAUAUGAAGGGAAAAGGUGCGUGCUUGAGAAGAGUGUGAAGAGGAGCGGAGAAGAAGCAUACACAUGCAAGACAUCAGAAAUUGAAGCUGAUAAACAAAAGGACCACAUUGAAACAGACCAAUGUGUUAAGGUUUGUGGUUUGAACAGAAAAUCCUUCGGAAUCUCAUCAGAUUCUCUUCUUGAAUCUCGCUUCACACAGAAACUCUGCUCCCCUCAAUGCUACCAAAGCUGCCCCAACGUUGUUGACCUUUACUUCAACCUUGCUGCUGGUGAAGGUGUGUUUCUUCCUAAGUUGUGUGAAUCACAAGGUGAAAAUGCUCGUCGAGGAAUGGCUGAGAUGAAAAGCUCAGGUAUUGUGGCACCAGGACCCAUCACUUCUGUGCAAUUCUCAGCAACUUCUCCACAACCUUUUGAUGCUGUGGAUCUCACAGCUGAACCUUCUAUGGCCCCCGCAUCAUCCCCAUAUUAA